AAUCUUUCCUCUCUCCUCUGUCUACUACUACAUAACUCUGAAAUCCGUCAUCCAGCUCUGUGUUCUUGCAAAAUCCUUGCCUCCUUCUGACUGCCGGAGCCGCGUCUAGCUUUAGACCACUGUCUAACUCCGCUGCCGCCGGAUUAUCACCUGACACGUGCAUAUCUACUCCGCCGAAAUCAAACACCCGACCACCUCCCGAUUGAUUUAGGGCGAGAAUCACUUGCUGGGGGCAGGCUUUUCUCGCCCUGAUUAGGCGAACGCGGAAGAAGGCUUUCGUCGCUGGCUUGGAAGAAAACGCCUGCGGAACGAACGCGAGAUUCGGAAGCAGAUGGACCCACAUCAGGAAGCAAUGGCAUCCAUUUUUUCUCAGAUUUCCCAAGUCUCGCUACGAUCAAGCCACCACUGAUUGCUUAGUGAGCCACCCUCUCGAUUCCCUUGUUCUUCCCCCCGCGCGCAUGCUGUCGAUCUUGUCGCACAGGACACUAGUUAUCUUCAGUCGCAGCUACUACCACCCGGCACAAGCUGUACCACAUUCACCCCUGACGCGGCAUAACAAGCUGGCACGGUCAUUCCCGUGGUCCCCAAUUCGGGCAACUGAUCUUGACACUGACCUUGACAUCUGACUUGACACGUGUACUUGUACUUGACACCUGACUUGCCACGUGUACCAGUACUUGACUCCUGGGCUUGACACGUGUACUCGUAUUUGACCUCUGCCCCUGGGAUCAACUCCACGAUCAUCAGCAUCAGCAUCAGCAGCCGCCGCCGCGCCGUGACAUUAAUAUCCGCAGCGGCAUAGUCAUCAUCAGUCGAUCAUGGCAGCUCGCAGCAUUCACCGUUCAUGGCCGACGGCUUCGGCGGCGACAACCGUCAGCACGACGCUGCGGCCGAGCAGCCAGUCGCCCGCGGGCAAGCGACCGCCGAUGCGUCCCAGCCACAGCCGCAACUUACUCGCGAGAACAGCCAGCCAUAGUAGCCGCAUACGCAUCCCGACGCUCCUUAAUCUCCUCCCGUUCCUCGUCGCGCUGUGUCUGCUUCCCCGUUCCGUCCUUCCCGCUGCCGCCGCGGAUCCUCCGCCUGGCGCUGACCACAACGGGAGGUUGCGCCCCUCCCCAGAUCCCGCCUCCGCCGCCGCCGCCGCCGCUGUUUCGCGAAUCACCGCAGGACAAGGAGGCGCGGUGGGGCUAUCCGCUGGCGUGACGCCGCUUGGAGCUGAGGCGACGGCAGCAGUGGGAGGCGCGUUCCCCACGUCCCGUUUACCUUCAGCGGUGAACACGUCAGACCCAUCACCGGAGGCAUCGACAGAGCCACGCGGGACGAGGGUGCAGCUGGUGGUUAAUAUCACGUCGGCCCCGGCGGAGAGGAAUGAGGACGGGGCCGGGGGCGGAGGGGGUAGCGCGGAGUUCCGGUUCGCGGCGCUCUGGUGGCCCGAGGGGAGCCCCUGCGACAAGUGCUCCUUCGCCUGCUCGAUCGACGGCAGGCCCGCCACCCCGUGCAACAGGGGCCACAAGCGCUACUCAGCGCUCGACUCGGGGGAGCACACCUUCCGUGUGCGCGCCACUGCGCCGCCCUCGCCGCUCCGCGGAAGCCCCGCCAGCGACACUGGCGCGCCUGCUGCUCGCGUGCCGGGCGGCGGGCUUCCGGAGGGGGCUGUCAGUGCGUCCGCGUCGCACAAGUUCGUCGCAGAGCCGUCGUGCCGAGUACCUGCCGUGAUAACCGCCGUCUCCCCGACGAGUCUCAACGCGUCGACUCGCAUCUUCCUCAACCUCUCGCGGCCGUGCGUUGGCCUCUCGUGCGCCUCCAGGAACGAAUGCUCGAUCGUUGUCCGAGGCCCAGCGGAGAUCGCUCCUGGGAGCUUCCAGGAGCUGGUCCCGGGGCUGCGGUACACGGCAGUAGUGGCGUUCACGGCUCGGUACGGGCGCGUGAUCGUGCGCAUGCCCCGAGAGGCGUGCCGGGUCAACGUGACCCUGGAGCAAGUCACGGAUGGUGCUGCCGCUGCUGAUUCUGGGGGUGCUGGUGGUGCUGGCGGCAGCAGUCGGAGUAUCAGGAAGGCGGAGACGGGCUUGCCUGGCAGUGACUUGAUGAUGCGGCUGAAGGGGACGCAAGGGAGUGGAGAGGCGGAAGGGGAAGCGGGAGCAGCGGAGGGAGCGGCAGCGGAGGCGGAGGAGGAGUUGGUGCCGUCCUGCUCGUCCGCCUCGAUCAAGUUCCGAUACGACCAGCGCGAGCUGAAGGUGCGAGUCAUCCCCGAUCUAGACCCUUCACCCGUGUUCGUCCACGGGAAGCUGCGGCCGCUCUACACCGCUCUGGACCCCUCGGAUGUGCGGUUCCUGGUGCGGCUGCAGACAGCAGCGGACGGGCUGGAGGCGGCUGUGCGGGGCGGUGCUGCAGUGAAAGGGGGGAGGGUGGAGCGCAUAGAGCCGAUCAGCCGGAGGAAGCUCCGCGUGUGGGUGACUCCAACCGGUGCCCUGUCGCUGGUUUCCCUGUCCCUGCCCGCUGCUGCCAUCACCAACGAGUACGGGGCCGUCAGCCACGCCUCCUCCACCGGAUUUCUGCUCUACGCCCCCACACCGCUGUCCGUGCGUCUCACGUCUCUCUCCGCCUCUCACGUGCUGGUGGCGCCCAUGGGGCAGGCAGCAGUGGGCGUGCUGGUGUCGCUAACAGCACCUGUGCACGCACUCACUGCUGCGAGUCUGGCAGUGGAAGGGGCUACUGUUAUCGGCAUCUACCAGCAGUCGCUGCUGCAGGUCGUGGUGAGCAUUCAGCCCAGCGCAGCAGGGCAGCCCGCCUCUAUCCACAUCCCGGCUGGGGCGCUGGGAGGCCCGGGCAACCGCAGCAACGAGCAUCCGUCCAACACUCUCACCUUCGUGCAAUACGAGUCACCAGCAGUGGCGUCUAUCGUGUCAGGCGUCACCACAGCAGCAGCAUCUCUCUCCAUAGCCGCAUCUGCGCUGCUCUCCCUCUCCUCCUCCGCGCUAGCCCUCGCUGGCCAUGCUGCCACUGCCACCUCUGCUGCCUCCGGAGCCCUGCUCGCUGUGCCGUCUCGCAAUCUGCUGGGCAUGGCGUUUCACCUGCAGGCGAUGGCUCUCUCCUCGUCUCUCUCCACCGACCUCCCUAUCACCUUCUCCCAGGCGGCUCAGCACCUGCUCUGGAUCGUGCCCACUGCCCAGCUCCCCUGGACCCACGACCCUAAUCCGCAGAUGCUGCAAAGCCCUGGGCCUUAUGCUGCUGCUGGUGGUGGCGGUGGUGGUGGGGGCGGCGUUUUGGAUGCACCAGCGGUGCAAACUCCAAAAACUGGGGUAGAGGCAGGAGUGGGAGAGGUAGCUGCAGUAGGAGCAGGAGCAGGGGUGGGAGCAGUGGCAGGAGCAGUAGAAGCUCAGAGUACUGCAACGAAAACCUCUGAAUCCGCACCCCUUCUCACCUCCACCGCCGCCUCCUCCUCCCCCUCUCCUUCCUCUCCCAGCUCUGUGACUGUGCGUAUCAGCGGGGCAAUAGAUACAACCGAACCAAGCCCUGCAGGUGGCACCUCCCCUCCUAGGAGCCCUCAUAAUAGGAGGUUGCUCGGGAGUGAUAGCACGGAGUUAGGGAGUGAUGAGUUGAAAAGGGAAUUGGGUGCAGAUUCGACGCCUCAUUAUAUGAAGGGGAGAGAUGAGGGAAGGCCCAGAGGGAAAGAGCGGCAGCAGAUGGAAGGGGAGGGUAGGGGAGGGGAGAGAGCAGUGAAAGGUGAAGGGGGGAGUGAAGGGAAGGAGGUUAACCUUAAGGCUUUCCUCGCUGGUGCCAGCGCUGGUAGCAGUAUUGGUGGUGAUGCUGGUGGUGGUAUUGGUGGUGGUGCCGAUACUGGUGGCGGCGGUGGUGGUCGUGGUGACCUCACUACGAAUGAGAUGUUCCUGCAGGCACCACCAGCAACGGCACAUGAGAGUAAAGCAGCAGCAGCUUCGAAACACGGAAAGCCCAAUGGGUCUGCUGUUGGUGUCGCUGACGCACAUGCUACCCACACCCCUCGUUCUGCUACCGCUGCUGCUGCUGUAACUGCACCUGCUGCUAGGGCCACCCACACCCCUGGUGUAACAGCAGCAGCUGUAACAACAUCCCUGUCGGCAAGUACGCAUCAAGUGAAUGCAGCGAAGGGGGAGGCAGAAGAGGAUGCGGAAUUUCAAAGGAACGACGAGGAGGAGGGGGAGGAGGAGGAGGGAGAGGACAUGGAGGGAGAAGGGGAGAGGGAUCAAGGCGGGCUCGCUCCUGCUGUCACCAUUGGCAGUGGUGACGUUGGUAGUGGUGACGUUGGUAGUGGUGGUGGCGUUAGAGAGAGAAGGGAUGACAUGAUUGGGGUGGAAGGGAGCAGCAGGACGCGACGAGGAGGGAUGAGGGCGAACGAGACGGAUGGCAAGAAUGAUGUGAAUGGUGGGCCUGGUGAGGAUGAGAGGACGAUGGCGACGACUGGCUACCUUACCACUACCGAGUACAGCGACCUUCAAAAGGAGCUGGAGGCGACUACUGCUGCUGGCUCUGCUUCCUACGAGGAGGAGGCUGCUUCGUGGGCGCACAACGACCUCAUCUGGACCAAAGCCAUGCAGAGCCUCUUCUGGACUUCCAUAGUCAUCUCGUCCUACACCAUCCUCCACCUCAUCGCCCUCCUCCUCCUCCCCAAACCCCCCUCCUCUUCCUCCUCCUCUUCCUCCUCCUCCUUCCCCUCCUCCUCCUCUUCCUCCUCCGCCACCCCCUUGCCCUACCUUCGCUCGCCCUACGCCUUCCCCUCGCCUUACUCCCGCCACUCGCGCUCCCCCGCCUCUAACCACUCCAGUCCGGGGCUCUGCUCGUCCCCUUCCCCGCCCAAAGUACGCGCCAGCGCCUCCCCUCCUUCCAAGCUCCCCUUUGCGGCCCCUGCGCCCUCCUCGCCCUCCUCGCUCUCCUCGCCCCCGCCCCUCUCCUCGCAUCUGCUCACGUUUCCUCGACCUGAGGUGGUGCUGACUGUGUUCCUCCUGCCCGCCGUUUCCUUCUCCAUGGCUACUCUCUUCCAAGGCACUUCGCCAGGGCAGCUAACGAUAGCCGUGGUCCUCCUCUUGCUCCUCGUUGCUCUCCUCAUCACUGCUCUUCGCUUCGUCAUCUCCAUAUUCGCCAACGCUGGCCGCCCCCUCAUUGUGUACGAGGAGCGAGACCCCAAGGCCCUAUCCCACCACUCCUCCCCCCCCUCACACCGCUUCCUCUCUCGCCUCCUCAGCCUCCUCCUGGGUCGCCCCCUCUCGGCCUCGUGGCGUCCCUCCCAGCACGCCAGCACCAGCAGCAGCCUCAUUCUAAGCACCAGCAAGGGGCUCAGUGGGAUUCUAGAGAAUCCCGGUGCUGAGCACUUAGCUAAGUGGGGACCGCUGGUGGAGGCGCGGAGAGGGGUGCCGGCUGUGGCUCGAGUGAGGCUGGUGCGAGAUGGCGCCUCCAUGAGACAGGUGGCCAUAACCGACUCACCCACCGCCACGGCCCCUUGGUUCGCCGCGUCCCCGUCUCGCCCCUCCACCGUGUCUCGCGCCAAGGGGCGUCUGCGCACGCUGCACCUCCUGGCCGACCUCUCCCACCGCAUUGCCCUGGGCGCGCUCUUGGGAGGCUUCCCUCUCCGCUCCUCGCCGCAUGCCGCUUCUGCUCAGGUCAUAGCCCUCCUCGUGCUCUCCUCCCUGCACCUCCUCUUCCUCCUCCUCGUCCGACCCUUCAUCUCCCGUCUGGUCCUAGCCACCGAAUCCCUCUCCCACGCCUCCUACAUCGCCCUCCUCUCUCUCGCCCUCGCGUUCGUCUCGCUAGACCCCGCCUCCAACCCCACUGUAUGCGAGCCGGGGUCCUCCUGGGAUAUUGCGAUGGUAUCGCUGCUUGUAGUCACUGCUGCGGUGCAGACUAUGGCGUUUUGGUGCGGAUUUGUGGAGCAGGUUAGAGGGCUGUGCCCACCUGUGAAGGCCCUUGGGGGGCUCAGAGCAGGAGGAGGAGGAGAAGGAGGAGGAGGAGCAGCAGGAGUGGCAGGAGUUCGGUCGAAGAAGCCCUUGGCUGCUACUUCCACCUCGUCUCCUCCAGCUUUCUCCCCUUCUUACUCCCUCCCCACCUCCUCCUCCUCCUCCGCUGGCUCCUCCUUCUCCCUUGCGUGCGCUCAGUUCUGGGGUGGGCUGAAGGCAGUGUGGCAGGGGUUCGGGCUGCUGCUGCCUCUGGUUGUUCGGCCCUGGCUGGGGUGCGGGUGCAGGAAGGAGAAAGAAGAGGAGAGAGAGGGUGGGGCGGGGGAGACGGGAAGAGUAUCGCUGGUGGCUAAUGAUGGGUAUGCGGAAGUGCGGGGAGGCCAGAGGACGUAUCAGAAUCAGACACUCGAGACGGACGUUGGGGCUGAAGCAAGUACCUUGGCAGUUGGUGGCAACGCUGCUGCUGGCGCUGCUGCUAUUGGUGCUGCAGCUGCUGCUGCGUUUGGUGGAGCGGCUGCUGCUGUUGCGGGUGCAGCAGGAGGAGGAGCAGGAGACGAGGAAGGAUGCAGGGGGGAUAACACGAGCGAAGGAUACACGUCCUCGCAUAGUGUUGCCGCAGGGACGGGCACUCUCACCGAGUCAGCAAGUAGGGGAAGCAUGGGCAGCGGCUUCACGCGCAACAGCUCUGUUACAUCCAUCACAGAAGGUACUACUGCCACAGCUGCUGCUAACCCCAGCGACGCCCAUAGGACCAACACCAGCAACACCUGCCACACGAACAACACCAACAACACCCAUGGGAGUGAAGCGAGCUCGGGCAUCUCCUUUACUGACUGGGCCACAGGCUCCCGUACAGACGGACUCACUAUAAGCUCGUUAGCUGGCUCCUUUGGCUGGUCUAACGGGGGGCCCACAAGCUCAACCAGAAGCCCGCUGGGUAACAGGGUGUUCAGUGGAACGCUAAGUGGCGCGCUUAGUGGUGGGAACAGGGGCAUGGGAGGUGGGGUAAUCGGAGCGGCAGGAGCAGCAGGAGCAGCAGGGGCGGGUAUUGGCAGUCCUGGUGCAGGGGUGGGUGCGUCGGGUUUGGGGAAUUCAGUGCUCUGGCAAAGCAGCAAUAGCCCCAUGCCCUCUGCAAGCCCUGUGUUCUCCCAUAAUGUGACUGAUUCCGGUGUGGCUUAUUACGGCAGUGCUGCCACUGCUGCUGCCGCUGCUGCUGCUGCUGCUGUUGCUUCACCAGCAGCACCAGCAGCACCAGGACAAGCAUCAGCAGCAUCAUACGGUUCUGCGGCUCUACUGAGAGACGGCUCGGAAGCUAGCUCGCUCCCCGCCUGCGCCGCCCUCCCGCUCUCCCCUGUGGCGCAGAGCAGGUGGCCCGAAGCCAAGCCUUCCCUCUGGGCCUCCCUGCUCGGUCUCACUGGUGUGAAGCGGUCGGGCGCUGCUGCUAGUGAUGCUGGUGGUGGUGCUGGUGGUGUGGGUGAUGCUGCUGCUGACGCGUCCCAUGGGGCUACGGCAGGAUUGGCAGCUGCAGGGGCAGCGGCUGGUGUAUUCCCUGACUCCCCAACUCCUGCUGCUGCUGCUUUUGCUGCUUUUGGGAAGGCUGAACACGCGUUUGAUGCUGCUGCUGCCGCCCCUGCUAAUGCAACUGCGGCCGCUGUAGGUGCAGGAGGUGUAGGCGGGGUGAAUGAGGGAAGACUGAGGGAGAGUGGGGAGAGUGAAGAGGUGAAGAAGGUGGGCGAAAGGGCAGGUGGAGGGACAGAAGGUGGGUCGGGAACAGGUGGAGGAGGAACGAGUGUCAAAGGGAUGGUGGGGAGUGGGAGGACCGGGAGGGUCGGCAGCAACCAGGUUUGGAGCCAAGCCUCGGGCGGAGGCUCGGGAAGCGGGAGGCAGGAGAAGGGAGGGCGGGACAAUGGGACAGGAGAGGAUGUGAGGGGAGAGGAAAUAAGGGGAGAGGACGGGAGGGGAGAGGAUGUGGAGGAGGGGGUGGGGAGCACUGGGGAUCCCAUCGGCGCGGGGGAAGCGGGGGAAGGGGGAGCUUGGGAUAGACUUGAGCAGGUGGUGGUGGAGGUGGAGGAGAAGGGUACUAUGGCAGGCAGUGCGGUGGGAGGGAGUGGUGACGGGCGGAAGUGUGGAGUGAGGUCGUCUGAUGGGAGUGUGGAGGUGAAGGGACGGGGGGUGAGGGACAGCGGCAGCUGUGCUGUUGGGGAGAAACGGAGCCUGCUGCCGCCGUGCCAGGUCCAUGCUAGUUCCACAGGAGAAAGCACGGGGAUGGUAAUGGCUGGUGGAGGUGGUACUGGUAGUGCGUAUGUGGGGGUGGGAGGUGGCAUGGGGAGUGGUGGUGGUGGUGGUGGUGGUGGCAACGGUAACCCGUGGGCGAUGAGGGGGAGUGUUGGGUCGACUGGCAGCUGUGGAAGCCAGCCUUUGGAUUUCCCCCCACGCAACCUCCGUGACUCCACUGCCUCCUCUGCUGCUGCUGCUCCUCCUGCUUCUCCUCCUCCUCCUCCUUCUCCUGCUGCUCUUGCUUCUCCUGAUGCUGCUGCUGCCGCUUCUGCUGCUGCUGCGGCUGCUACUCCUGUGCUCAAGCAGGCGCCAGCAGGUGCAGCAGCUGCUAUCGAGGGAAGAACCACUGCACUGGCAGGCAUGAGUCCAAGCAUAUCAGGCAUACGGCGCGAGGUGGUGGAUGGCAUUCUGGCAGCAGCAGCCGCUCUGUAUGAGGAGAAGCACACGGGUGGUGCCGCACCUGUCUCACCCUUGCCUGCUGCCUCGCCCUUGCCUGCUGCCUCGCCCCUGUCUGUUGCAAAUGCCUCUCCCUCUCCCGCUGGGUCUGCAGCUGCUGCGGGUCCGGUCACUUCGAGCCGAGCGCUUCAGGCAGCUUCACCUACUGCACAUGAGAUGACAAAGCAUGCCACAGCAGGCACAGCAGCAGCACCACCAGCCACAGCAGCAGCACUAGAGGAGCCCCAUCCAGCCCAGCACACAGUUGAGAAGUUUCCUACUACCCCUGCACCAAGCAAGCCUGUGGUUUGUCCACUGAGGGAGUCAGUGGGGCAGAAUGUUGAUGGGGACGAGGUGAAGCCUGCUGGUAGCAGUGCGCUAGCUGCAUCUAGUUCUGCUUCUGCGUCUGCUGGUGGUGGUGGUGGCGGUGGUGGUGGUGGUGGUGCGUUUGCCAAGGCGCUAUCGACGUCGUCGUCGGUCGUGUCUGCUGCCUCUGCUGUUGGGUCUGCAGCUCCUCCUGCUGCUGCUGGUACUGCUUUUUUGUCUCCCUCCACUGCCGCUACACCUGCUGCUGCUCUUUCUUCUGCCCCUGCAACUGCCUCUGUCUCGGCCUCUGCCUCGGCCUCUUUUCCAGCUGCUACUGCAGAUGAGCAAGCACCAAGAUUCGUACCCCCUGAAAGCCCUGCAUGGGUGGCGUUGCCAGCAGCAGCAGCAGCAGCAGCAACACCAGCAGCUGCUGCUUCUGUAGCUGUGUUAGCUGGCACACCAGGAGCAGCAGCAGGGACUCCGCUUCCCUUGUCUACACAGCCUGGUAUACCAGACACGCCUAUGGCAUGCACGCUAGCAGCAGCAGCUGCAUGCACACCAGCAGCAGCGUGCAGACAGCCAGGUUCAGGCUUCAUAACUCCAAUCCCAGCAGCAGCAGCAGCAGCAGCAGCAGUGCGAAUCCCAGCAGGAGCACCAGUAGCAACGCCGCCAGCAGCAUAUGGGACGCCGGGGUCCUUCCCUGUGCCCCUUCCAGAGAUGUGCGAGAGCCCUCUUGCCUCGUCCCUGGUUUUCAACUUCCCUGGACAGGCAGAGAGGCAGGCGAGCGAACACGUCCAGCAGGUGAUGCAGCGAAACCAGCUUCGACAGGCGCAGCAGCAGCAGCAGCAGCAGCGGGAGUCUGUGGAGAGUCCUGGUGCGGAAGCCUAUGGUCGAGCACGAGUGGGGGAAGGAAGGAGGGGAGUGUUUGGAGGUGUGGCUAGUGCUGCAUGCGAUGACAAUGCCUCUGGUGCCUUUGCCCUUGUUCCUGCUCUUUCCGCCGCUCUUAUGACGGCUCCUGUUGCUCCCGUUGCUCCUGCUGCUUCUGCUUCUGCUGCUGCUACUGCAAAAGUGGGUGAUGCCGCUGUCUCUGUUGCUCCCGCGGAAUCGGGUACUGCAUCUGCAAGUGCAGGAGUAGUGCCAGCAGCAACAGAGGGCGUGGCUGCACCUGCAGCCGCAGCAGCAGCAUCCGGAGCCGGAAACGCAGUAGCAGCAGCAGUAGCAGCAGCUGUUGGUAGCACCAAGGAGACCAGCCAGUGUGCGUCAUGUGUGGAAAGCAUGGGGGAAACAGGCUCCCUGGGAGAGACUGCAAGCCAAGCGAGCCAUGCGAGCCACGCGAGCCACGGCAGCAGUCAGAACACCGGAGAGACUGGGAAGAGGGAGAAGAAGGCCAAGAAGCAGAAGCGAGUGAGGAAGGCGAUACGGGUGACUGAGAGCACGGCGUCCAGCUUAGGGUUCCAUGAUAUGGAAGGCAGGUCGGGGACGAUCAGCUUAGAGGAGAACGACCCCAUGGCUGCAGCGAGUGGGGCGCUGAGGGCAGUACCGUCUACGGGUAGUGAAGCAGGGAGUAGGGGGCGGGCAGGCAGGGAGGUGAGGAAUGCAGGCGAGGAGAUUCUGCCUGUGCGGUCGUGCUCACCUGAUGUUCGGUCGGGGAUGAGUAAAGGGCAUCGGAGUGUGGGAGGAGGGAUGGUUAUGGCUCCUCCCAAUGCUGUGGAUUCCGGUGCUGUAGGAACUGCCAGUGGUGACACUGGAGUUGGGAAGGGGGGCAAGGGGGAGGGUAGCAGCGGUGUGAAGAGUGGAGUGAGGAGUGGUGUGAAGAGUGGUGGUGUGUCGCAGGGAAGCAGGGGGGGAGUUGAGGUGUUGAUGGAGUCAACUGCAAGCAAUAACACAAGGAUGGAGAAGGGUGUGGUGGUUGGGGAGGGGAUGUGGUCAAGGGUGACUUUGGGUGGGAGUGUCAGUGGGUCGACGACUAACUCUAUUGCCAAGAGAAGCUAAUUGGGACUAAAUUAUUUCUUCCCCUUGCAUAGACUACAUGCCUGAUGAAGUUGAUUGCCCCCUCGAGACACUUCCCUCGGUAUCUAGAUGCUCUAUUUUGAGGUAGCAUGCUAUAAUAGGGAUGCGUGUGAAAGGUUUCUGUUGAUAUGUGCUCACCAUUA